AUGGCCGAUGAUAGCACAAAGCUGAGUCCGCAUCUGGGCAUGCGAAAGAAAAGGAGCGUCCAAUUCCUCGUUGACUGUCACCUUCAAGAGGCGGAAAGCAUUGGAGGAGGACCAGUUGAGGCCUCGGGCUAUUGCUCCUGCCACGAGGGUGACAAUAUUUCUGUUCGGAGCACGGGAUCUACCCACCGAAUGGUCGUCUGUCCAAUUCGUUCCGCUAGCCCGCGACCAUCCUCUGGAACUGUUGAUUCGGUGACGGCGGAUGAGGAUGAGGACGGCAGUCCAAUCACCAUCUCUCGACCCCCCGAUGCUCCAGAGGACCUGGCGGUCUUUGAGAUUGGUCUUGGAAUGCUUAGACAGCACACUAUCUACGAAGUGCAGUUCCUUCUUCCUACUGCAGGCCGUUUGAAUAGUGAAGAUGUAGAAAUCGCUCGUACGAAUGUUGUUCUACCCCAGGAGGGAAGGCAUUUUGAACGAGCUGCUGAUGUAGAGGUCAUCCGAAUCGACUUUUUCAAGAAUGAUGGUGUCUACAAGUUGACAAUGAAAAUGACCACAUGCGCCAUGCCACAUUUGUUUGAAAGUUUCGUGCUCAGGGAGACUCUCCAUCACGAGAACUGUGUCUACUUCAUGCUACGGGGAAAUGCUCUUGGGAAGGGGCACGGAACCCCGUCACUACGAUUGGGCAUUCAUCAAGUCGGCCACACGGCCGAAUACGAGGGCUCCGAUGGCAAGACCGAGUGGGCCGGUUUCGGAGAUGAAGAUGAGGCCGAGGCUGGAGAUUGA